ACCACAUUCGCCACACGGCGCCAUAUUAGAUAGACAUUAUAUUGCUGCAGUCGAAGACAAGGAAGGGGAACAGUACUCCAGAUGACGAGGGUACUCAUGCCGCAGUAGUCAUUUCGCAAAACACUCGCGGUAACUACUAUAUAUGGUUGACAACAACUAAUUAGGUCAAACAUCUCGGGCAGUGUAGUCCGAGGCGUGUUGUUUUUGUCGUUGUUUAGCUAACUUGCUAGCAGACAUGACUUCCUUGACUCUGCGGAGUUCGGGCCUCGUGCAGAGACGGACCGAAGCCUCGCGCAACGCCGCUGACAAAGACUACCCGUCCGGUCAGGAGGACCAUGAGCCCCGACGGGGAGACGAGCAGGACGAUGACGAUACCGGAGACUCCAAAGAAACACGUCUCACCUUGAUGGAAGAAGUGCUGUUGUUAGGACUGAAGGAUCGAGAGGGCUACACCUCGUUCUGGAAUGACUGCAUUUCAUCAGGUCUGCGAGGGUGCAUGCUGAUUGAACUGGCCCUGCGAGGACGCCUUCAGCUGGAGGCCUGUGGCAUGAGGAGGAAAGGUCUGCUGACCAGAAAGGUGAUUUGUAAGUCAGAUGCUCCAACAGGUGACGUGCUCCUGGAUGAAGCCCUAAAACACAUCAAAGACACCCAACCACCGGAGACUGUGCAGAGCUGGAUUGAACUGCUCAGUGGAGAGACAUGGAACCCCCUGAAGCUUCAUUAUCAACUGCGGAAUGUCCGUGAACGGCUGGCCAAAAACUUAGUGGAAAAAGGUGUCCUCACUACUGAGAAGCAGAACUUCCUGCUUUUCGAUAUGACCACACAUCCUCUGACCAACAACAACAUCAAGCAGCGCCUCAUCAAGAAGGUCCAGGAGGCCGUACUUGACAAGUGGGUGAAUGACCCCCAUCGAAUGGACAAGCGGCUGCUUGCGCUCAUUUUCUUAGCCCAUUCCUCCGAUGUCCUGGAAAAUGCCUUUGCCCCGCUGCUAGACGACCAGUACGACCUGGCCAUGAAGAGAGUGCGGCAGCUGCUGGAACUGGAGCCUGAGGGGGAGAGCAUGAAGGCCAACACCAACGAGCUGUUAUGGGCUGUGGUGGCCGCUUUCACCAAAUGAGCCUACCACAUAGAGGACAGAAAGCAGUUAUGGCGUUCAAGUGGCAUUGUACAUUGGGGUAGGAAUCAGAGUACUGACCCCAACAUGGAGACUGAAUUACAGUUUACCCCUGCCUGGACUUUUGGAAUGGGCUGCCCUCUUUUCUUGUCCCUCAUUUUCUUUUCCUUCCAGAUAAGUGUUGAUUCUUCAUGGCUCUGUUUCCCCCCCAUGUGUCAUUUCACUUUUGCUAAAAAUGAUAACUCUCAUUGAACUUCAAAUGAAGUGGUUGGUGAUGAUAUAGGUGAGGCCGCAAUUAGGAUGUCAAUUCAUAUCCUCUUUCUUUUCUGCUGGGUAUAUCUUUUGAAAAUGUUUCUUCGAGGUACAUCAUUUAUGGCACAGGUUACUCAAGGUACCAUCCUGACACACCUGAGAAUACAAUAACCAUGAUGUACAUGUACAAAUCCAUGUACAGGGCAGUGAUGCUCUGUAGGAAUGAAAGGUUAGCUGAUGAUCCUGACAAGUCUUUAAAUGGAUAAAUGUAAAUGGAUCUUCUACCAAAUGUGGUUGAAGUGUAUGGAUAUGAUGUAUUGGUGUCACAGCCUUCUUUGACUUUCAUAUCUAGUACUAGAAGUUAUGUGGUCAUAUCUGAGUCCACUACCUAGUACUGAGUGCUGCCAACAUUAAGAACUAAUUUCCAAAUUUUCACUCAGUUGAUGCCUCUUAACCCACCCCAUUCCUCUAUUAUAUAUUCCCUUUUUAUCGUGUGCAGGGAUGCAGGGGGCUGGAGACUCUCCCAGCUCACACUGGCCAGGGGGAGGGGUACACCCUGGACCCUGUAUAUUACAGGGCUGACACAUAGAGACAGACAACCAUUCACCUGCAGGAAAUUUACAAUUUCCAGUUCACCUGACGUGUAUGUCUUUGGACUAUGGGGGGUGGGGGGGGACCCACACAGGCACUUGGAGAAACUCAAGAAAAGCCCCAGCUGCCUACUGGAUUCAAACUGAAGAUUCUCUUGCUGUGAGGCUACAGCGCUAAUCACUGAGCCACCGUGCCGCAUGACAUUCUAUCCUUUCUGGCCUAAAGUUGUGUGGAAGAUCAUUCAUAUGUCAGCAGGACAAUAAGCCUAGACAUGCAUGGAAGAUAUAUACAGUUCUGGGAAGAUGGAGUGCUGACUUGUAUGACUUUCCCUAUCAGUUAUGUAAUCCUCAGCCACAUUGAAUAUUUUGGAAAAACUUUUAAAGUGAAAAGCUAAAACAUGAUGAACAUCAUUAGAAAGACUUGUUUAGGGCAUUGUGUAAAACUAGUGCUGGAAUAGUACACAAAUUCCUAAAUUCUGCAAACACGUGUAGAAUUGAUGGGGCUGAAAUAAAAGGAAAAAUAAAUAUACUAAAUAUUAAUGAACCUUUCUGACAAAUAAGUGAAAACAGGUCAAUACUGUUUUUUAAAUAUCCUCUGGCCAGUAGUUUUUUGUUUGUAAUGAAACAUGAAUUUUGGUGGAGGACUCUGGGAUUAUAUCUCAUCUAGGUGCACUGUCAAAAUGGUGCAUGUCUAAUAUAAGCCAGGUUACAUUCAGGAUUCCAGUCUGUAAUAUCUGAAUGGUAAACAAAACUUAUCUUAGUCUGGGUCCAAUGUCAUGAUUUUUGCUUGUAUCUCCUUGAUAAAACAAAUGGCUCUAAAAAUGUGUUAAAUUUGAUUUGCUGUACUGACUGGGGUAAACCCCCUCUUUGCUGGAGUGGCUGUUGAGGAUCAAACUGAAAUAUUGUAGUGUCAGGAACUAAAGCAGGCCCAAUCAAUGCCAGCUACCUUUGUUAGCAAAAUUCAAAUAAACAUAGUUUUUCUUAAUAGUGAAUUUAAAUUUUUAUCAAAAAUGAAGUAAUCCAUGGGGCAUAAUGCAGGAUAAAUGCAUUCAUGAUGAUCUCCUCAGCUUUUGAGUUUGUGUAUGCUACCUGGACUUUAUUUAGAAACAAUAAAACCCCUUCAAAUCAUUCACUCAAGACAAAUAUGAAAUAUGCUUAUGUGAAGAUGAAUUUGAAUUCCCAGUCUUCUUCAGUACAGGGUGAGGUCCAUAACAUGUCAAGUUGCUUUAAGACAGACUGGAUCAGACAAACUGCUACCAUAGCUCACUCGAACAUGGAAAAGAAGUAAUUUACAUGAAUAUAUUUGAUAUGAUAUGACAUAUUCCAGACCUAUCACUGUAUUGGAUGCACAUAUCUGAAAUAGAUAUUGAUCCUCUCAUGUGAGGGUGGGCUUCAUGCCAAACAACUGCAUUUCCUAAACUGUCAGUGAUGCUUUAAUGUGCAGACAGUCUUACUUUGCAAUUACUUGUAUUUAUUUUGAGAGCAUUCACAUUUUAUUUACUAAACUUGUAAAAAAUCUAAUGGAUUAUCUAACACGCUCACCAAAGUCUAAUCAGAAGAAUCAAAAGAUGGGCUCACAUUCCAGAAGUUUAUGCAUAUACUUACUGUGUAUUUGUAUGAGGCAUAAAUUCAAAGGUCACUUUGUCACAAUUGCAAUUGCAAUUUGUCAGCUUGCCAAAAUCUAUCAUGGUUUAGCUGCACUGUCUUUGAAAAUAAUGGACAUUGUGCUCUAAAACAUUCAACAAAGCCUUUUCACCACGAACCAUUCAUUGCUCUUAAUUUUAUAUUGCCUCAAUUUUAUGAAUUUUAUUUUCGCAUUUAUUUAAAUGUUCUCUGUUUUAACAACCGUUUGCUACUCAACCACAUGGAUCUUGUGAAAGACAUUGCUUUAUAACAGAUAGCCUCCUUCUGAUAUUGUAUGUAGCAAAGGGCUGGGAUUGACUAGUCAGUGAUUGUGGGAGAAGAGAAGAGGUGACCAAGAGGUUUCUUCGUCAGAAAAUCACCUUGAAUUGUGGAGUGAAUAUGAGAGAUUAUAUAUGUUAUCUAAAUGAAGGGACCUCUAGUCUGUGUACUUUCUUUGACCCUAGAAAAUAAACCAAGAGCUUGGAAGUGCCUAAUCAUA